GACCCACGAUGACAAUCGUCGCGAGAUUGUGCGGGAUCCUUGCGGCGUACUUCACGCUGGUGUCCGCCCAGUCCGCCGCUGUCGUGGUUGAAGUAUCGCCGGUGGUACAUGUCGCAGCCCCCUUCUCGGCGCUGGUGCGGCUACCGCCGUCCUACGCUGCCACCGGCCGUACCGAGGCCAAGGCAAGCCUUGUUGACGCCCAGGGAGGGGAGAAGGAGUUGGCGAAACAAAAGCUGAAAGUCUCUGCCGGUGGAGAGGUGUUCUUGGAGCAUAAGCUGGAGGGGCUGCUUGUCGGGUCGAUCGGAACAAGCACCAUACGUGUUCGCGUUGGUGGAGAAACACAGGACGUGCGAGUGACGUGUGUGCCUGGGUUGGUGUCGUUGUUGCCUCCUCUGGUUACUCUGGCCAUCUCUAUCUUGUACCGACAGGUGCUGGUGGCGCUGCUCGUGGGCAUCUGGGCGGGAGCUCUGCUGGUGUCCGGCUUCAACCCCCUGGGGGCGUUCCUUCGCACUUUCGACACGUACUUCGUAGGCGCCUUUGUCGGGGAGGGUAACGCUGAAGUGCUGCUGUUUACCUUCCUGCUCGGGGGCACGAUCGGAUUGGUGCAGAGAAGCGGCGGUGCGCUGGGCCUCGCGAACGCGCUCAAGGGGUUCAUGGGUACGAGAACACGGGGGCAAGUCUGCACAGUGACCUUGGGCUGCCUGAUUUUCUUCGACGACUACUCCAGCAUUCUUAUCGUGGGGAACAGCCUUCGGGAUGUCGUGAGAACUGUCGGGGUCAGUCCUGAAAAGUUCGCGUGGCUGGUGCACAGCGUGGGCGUCGCGCUGGCUUCACUGUCUCCAAUCUCGUCAUGGGUAGGGCUCCAGAUCGGCUACACCGCCGCGGUCUUGGACUCGCUCGGGGCGCCGCUGGACGGCUUCCUCGUCGUGCUCCGCUCCCUGCCCUUCCGCUUCUUCCCCCUCUUCUACCUCCUGCUCAUCAUCAUCGUGCUUGUCAGCGGCAAGGAUUUCGGGCCGAUGGCCAGUGCGGAAGACAGCGGUAGUAGCGACGCUGUCAGCGGCGAUCAAAAUACCGAGUCCCCAGCAUCGGGUUCCCAGCUCGAGGGUGAUUCUGCUGCCGGAGGCGGGGGGGGGGGUAUUACCCCGAAGGCGGGGACCCCGCUGCGAUCCAGAAACGCUCUGGUUCCUUUUGCGGCUGUGAUUGGCGUGACCUUCUUGGGCAUGAUCCUGGAUGGCAUCUCGAAGAUCGAAGCUGCCGGGAAUGAGGUCCCCAAAACGAUGGUAAACAUUCUGAGCAGCUGCGACAGCGUGUCGGUGCUCAUCUGGGCGAGCGCGGCCGGCUGGCUGACUUCCUUGGUGUUGGUGUGUGGCCAAGGCAUCCUCACUCUUCCAGAAGCCAUGGAGACCUGGAUGGAGGGCAUGAAGGAGGUGUUAGAACCGCAAUUUGUGUUGGUGCUAGCGUGGGCCCUGGGACAGGUGGUGAAGGACGUACAGACCGCUGAGUACCUCUCUGGCGCCUUGGAAACAGGCAUCCCUCCCUACAUGCUCCCGGCACUCAUCUCGGCUCUGUGCUACGUGAUCUCGUACGCGUGUGGGAGCACGUUCGGGACGAUGGGCAUCGUGUUCCCCCUCGUGGGUCCCUUGGCGUGGCGAUUGGGGAACGGUGACAUCGAGUUUCUUCACCACUGCUUUGCCUGCAUCCUCGGCGCGUCCAUAUUCGGCAACGUGUGCUCGCCCAUAUCGGACACAACUAUUCUCACCUCUCUUGCAACCGGUUGUGGACUGGGAGAGCACGUCCGCACGACCAGCCCCUACACGUUUAUUGUGGCCGCUCUGUCCAUCAUUCUGGGAAGCAUACCAGUGGGGAUGGGCUUGUAUGGCCCCUGGGUAGCGUUGUUGUUGGGAACAGGGGUCAUGGCGGCGCUGGUGUACGGCCUUGGGAAGGAACCCACAUCCAGCACAAGCUCGAAGAAGGCCGCCUAA